AUGAGAGGUGACGCACCUGCUCCACAGGCUGUCAGAAGUAGAGAUUUACAACAGUUACAAGAAAUAUUAGACGGCAAGGAGUGCUCGUUGUUCAGUGUAACGUCUCGAGGGGAUUCAUUGCUUCAUUUGGCUGUUAGCACAAAUAACAAUGAUAUGGUUACUUUCCUUCUUCAGCAAGAAGCCGAUAUAAAUCUUGGAAACGAUAAAGGUAACACGCCUUUGCAUGUCGCAACCGCGAACAGCAUUUCAACCGAAAUCGUCCAAACUCUUCUGAACGCUGGGGCCAACCUAGAUGCGUGCAAUCUCUGCAGACGAUCGCCUUUACAUGCUUUCUUCAACGAGACCACCAAAUCAAUACACAUAUCUGCGCAAUUUCUUGACAUGAACAGCGUUGAUGACCGGAACAUGACAAUUUUACAUUACGUAGUAUGGCCCAAUAUUUCAACAGUCGAUGGUAGAGAAGCUCGCCACUUGAAGCAGAAUCGACAGAUCUUGCUAAGGGACUAUUUAUGUCGCGGUAUGCUUCAUCUAGCUGCCCAGCGAGGAAACCUCGGAAUUGUACAAGAGUUUUGCUCGUCACAUUUUGCCGAGACACCAAGCCAGCCUGACUUGCUUGGUCGAACUCCAAUGCAUUAUGCGGUGGAAAGUGGUCGGGCUGCGCAGGUUAUCAAUCUUCUUCUGAAGCAAGGCCUAGCCCCCGAAGUACGAGAUCUACAGAGAAGGACACCUCCCCACCAAGCUGCUCUUCACAACAACGUGGUGGCGAUAGAGGCUUUAUUAUCCACAGCUGGCAACCGCGAUGCUGUCUUGGAAGAUUUGGACCAUAGAGCGCCAUUCGCGGUCGCUCAGAUGGCCCAAAGUUCUGACGCAGCCAGGGUAUUGGCCUCGAAAAGAUGUGGGCCGCGCUCCAGCAGAGUUGAAAGGACGCGAGUGCGUCAUGUAACUCUUGCUCGCAUUCUCAUCUGGAAAUGCCUUAGUUUUGCUUGGAAGCACAAGCUCGUGGUCGCUCUCGUGGUCAUUCUCUUACGUGCCAAAUGA